AUGUCAACAAUACAGAACCUCAAGAACUUCAUCCGGCACGGCAAGCAAGCGAGAGAUGCACGAUCACCCCAAGAUCAGGCCACCACCCACGUGUCGAAUGUCUACGCACAGCAACAGCGCUUCAACAAUGGCAACGCCGCGCAACAGCAACACCAGCAGUACGGCAUGAGCGAUCCGAAUGUCUACGAGCACAAACCGUUACAAGCCGCAGCGCCUCAUCAAGACUACUCCGUUGCAGCCGUCCCCGAAGGCAACCGACACGUCGCUGCCAAAGCCGGCCAUGCCGCCGCCCAGGCCGUUGACGACAAACAGAAACGAGACAACCGAGACCAAAAGCAAAAAGACUACGAUGCCUCAGUGCUGGAGCGUAUCGUGGCCGAAGAGCGUGAGAGCAAAGGCAAGCUUCCCCGGUACCCAGGCCUAGAACGAUGGCAACUCGUCGAGAAGAUGGGCGACGGCGCCUUCAGCAACGUCUACCGAGCCAAGGAUUCACAACACGUCUACGACCAGGUCGCCAUAAAGGUCGUCCGCAAGUUCGAAAUGAACUCCACACAGGGCGUUCUGCAUCCGGACUACGAAAAGAAAGCGCCAAAAGGCGUGGAGAGAGCCAACAUCCUCAAAGAAGUCCAAAUAAUGCGACAGCUCGAUCACCCGAAUAUCGUCAAGCUUAUCGACUUCUCCGAAUCGCGACAAUACUACUACAUCGUCCUCGAGCUAUGUCCCGGAGGAGAACUUUUCCAUCAGAUCGUUCGCUUGACAUACUUUAGCGAAGACCUGUCCAGGCACGUCAUCACUCAGGUCGCCGAAGCAUUAGAGUAUCUGCACGAGGAAGCAGGUGUGGUACAUCGUGACAUCAAACCCGAGAACUUACUGUUCUACCCCAUUCCAUUCAAUCCCACCAAGAACCCCAAGCCGAAGGGUCCCGAAGAUGAAGAUAAAGCUGAUGAGGGCGAGUUCGUUAAAGGGCAAGGUGCAGGCGGGAUUGGUACCAUCAAGAUUGCAGAUUUUGGUCUCUCCAAGGUCAUCUGGGACAGCCAGACGAUGACUCCGUGUGGUACAGUCGGUUACACUGCACCUGAGAUUGUCAAGGACGAACGUUACUCCAAGAGUGUCGACAUGUGGGCACUUGGCUGUGUAUUUUACACACUGCUUUGUGGUUUCCCUCCAUUCUACGACGAGAGCAUUCAAGUGCUUACCGAGAAGGUCGCGCGCGGACAGUACACGUUCUUGUCGCCAUGGUGGGACGACAUCUCGAAAUCGGCACAGGACCUCGUUUCGCACCUUUUGACUGUCGACCCGGACAAGCGAUACGAUAUCAAGCAAUUCCUUGCUCACCCUUGGAUCCGGCAAUCUGAUGAGCCUACCAACGCAGCCGCUGAUGCACCGCCUCUUGCUACUCCUCUACACGUUCGACAAGGAAACAUGUCGGCUGGAUCGGGUGGCUCACCUAUGAAACCUGACUUUGCUUACCUCGACGACACACCUGGCGCAGGACGACGGAUGGACUUCAGAUCUCCUGGUGCUGUCAACCUUCGCGAGGUUUUUGAUGUUGGCUACUCAGUGCACAGACAGGAAGAAGAGACGAAACGCCGAAAGAACUUCAAGCAGGGCUACCGAGGAGGCAACCCUAUGACCUCUUUGAACGCGCUUGACGAGGAUAUGGACGAUGAUGACGAUGAGGGCGUGUCGGUGUCGUACGGCGCUUCUGCACAAAAUCCACCUGCCAAAGUACCCAAGUCUGGCGCUGCUGAUGUCGGUGGCGUGGAGAGGCAAAUGCGUAAUACCAGCCUUUCCGCCGCCGCACAAGCUCGCCAGGCAGCGGCACCACGAUCCUCGCAGGCUCGUGGUUAUGGCCAGCACUCUCCUGAAGUUGCUGCUGCAGCCAAGAAGCAAGUACGGAACAAGGCUGGAGCAUUCGAGCUCAGUCUUGAUAACGCCACAUUGCUAGGUCGUCGUGGCAACAAGAAGCCAGGCGAGAGCGGUCUGCGACAACAGCUUCCGGUCCAGUAG